GAGAGAACUUCUCUCUCUCUCUCUCUCUCACAUUCUCUCUUUCUCUCACAAGAAAUAACAACAGUUGAUCAUCAAAGAGUUGAAGAAGAGAUCAAGAAAUGAUUAAAUGAAGCCACCAAGCUUUAUUUACUCUCUCUUCUUCUUCUUCUUCUUCUGCUUCUUCUUCUCCACCACUACUUAAAAUCUCCUUAAUUCUACAUAUAUAUUUAUAUAUAUAUACAUCAACUACAGAAAAAAACACACACACCACACAGUGACUCUUCUCCUCUUUUUUCUUCUCUUCAAACAGUUGGGCGCAAUGACCCCGGAGGACUCCUUAAGAUCCCUUUCUCUUGACUAUCUCAAUCUGCUGAUCAACGGCCAGGCUUUCAGCGAUGUAACCUUCAGCGUAGAGGGUCGUUUGGUCCAUGCCCACAGGUGCAUCUUAGCAGCCCGAAGUUUGUUCUUCAGGAAAUUCUUCUGCGGGCCCGACACCACGCAGUCGGGCCUGGACCCGUUGAGAAUGGGCCCCGGAAGCGGCUCGCCCAGAGGUCACAGCUCACAGGUGAUACCGGUGAAUUCAGUCGGGUAUGAAGUCUUCUUGUUGAUGCUUCAGUUCUUGUACAGUGGGCAGGUCUCGAUUGUACCUCAGAAACAUGAGCCCCGGCCUAAUUGUGGGGAGAGGGGUUGCUGGCACACACAUUGCACCUCCGCCGUUGAUCUUGCUCUUGACACACUUGCAGCCGCUAGAUCCUUUGGUGUGGAACAGCUCGCUUUGCUAACUCAGAAACAAUUGGCUAGCAUGGUCGAAAAGGCUUCAAUUGAGGAUGUAAUGAAAGUUCUAAUAGCUUCAAGAAAGCAAGACAUGCACCAACUAUGGACUACUUGUUCUCAUUUAGUGGCAAAAUCGGGCCUCCCUCCGGAGGUUUUAGCCAAACACCUCCCUAUCGAUGUCGUGGCUAAAAUCGAAGAGCUCCGACUCAAGUCCUCCCUCGCCCGCCGCUCCCUCAUGCCGCACCACCAUCCCCACCACCACGAUCUUGGCGCAGCUGCCGACCUCGAGGACCAAAAAAUCAGGCGAAUGCGGCGAGCCCUCGACUCGUCCGAUGUCGAACUUGUUAAGCUUAUGGUCAUGGGAGAAGGCCUUAAUCUUGAUGAAGCCUUGGCCUUGCAUUACGCAGUUGAAAAUUGCAGCAGAGAAGUAGUGAAAGCGUUACUCGAACUAGGGGCAGCCGAUGUAAACUACCCCGCGGGGCCGGCGGGCAAAACCCCACUUCAUAUCGCCGCAGAGAUGGUGUCGCCGGACAUGGUGGCGGUGCUGCUGGACCAUCACGCCGAUCCGAAUGUGCGGACGGUUGAUGGGAUCACUCCGUUGGACGUGCUCCGAACCCUAACUUCAGAUUUUCUUUUCAAGGGAGCGGUUCCAGGGUUAACCCACAUUGAGCCCAACAAGCUGAGGCUUUGUCUUGAGCUGGUUCAAUCGGCGGCGAUGGUGAUCUCAAGGGAGGAGGGGAAUGCAAGCGCGCCGUCGUCUGCCGCUAUUUAUCCUCCAAUGGGUGAUCAAGAUCAUGGUAGCAGCGGAAGCAGCGGAGCGGGCAACAUUGCGGCGGGGGGCAGCCUUAACCUUGAUUCAAGAAUGGUGUAUCUGAAUCUUGGAGCACAAAUAGGUGGAAAAUUGAGCGAAGGAGAAGGGAGCAGCAGCCAAAGGGAAACCAUGAAUCGACAUGACAUGUACCAUCAUCACUCCCAUGAUCAGUAUUAACUCAACUCAACUGAAAAUGCAUCUCUCUCUCUCUCUCUCUCUCUCUCU